AUGUCUUUUCAUACUGUUAUUAUCGACGAUGAACUUGAACCUGCUAAAGUUCAAUUUUCACCCGAGCAAUCAUUAUCUUCUGUGACAAACUAUUGGCUUUCUAAAGUGGAGGAAAAUCAAGAUUUACGUCCACAUGAAUCAUUUCAAAAUUAUUCGUCCUUAUAUACAGUUUCUAAUGGGCCACAUACAGAAACAUCAACAAAUGCUGUGUUACAAGCCUUUAUUUCAGCCUACAAUCAACACCAUGAUUUAGUGUUAUCUCCGGAUGAUAUGUGGAUGGUAGUGUGUAUGAAGUUUGCCGAUUAUGUCAAUGACAAUGCUGAGAAAUUACGCUCUCUCUUUGUCGAGCAUCAGGAAGGGAAAAUAAAGUUAACUGUGGCAGAUCUUCUCGGAGAAAGGGAAUGGGAUGAAUUCUUCAACGGAAUGAAAGUGAAAAUAAUGAAAAAUGUCAAAGGUGAUGUUUGUAAUGUGUUAGCGGCAGAUUUUACAACCACCGGUAAAGUUGAAUCGAUUCUUUCAACGGCAUGUAUUAUGCAUGCGUUCAAACCCUACUUCGACUACCGUCGAGUGAUGUGCAUCUGUGGCAUUCGACAAGUGCAUUUCAUGGGCACUCUUAAUGAUUGGCAAUCACUUUAUACGAAAGCGCAACAAUUACGAUCAUUCAGCAACGACAAAUUUCGUCUCUAUAUCGAUGGUAUUUUGCCGAUCUUCAAUGAGUUCAUCGAAACCUACCAAGGCAAUGUAAAUAAACAGUUCUGGAUUAAAGUAUGUGAUAUCACACGAGAUACAGGCUUGAGAUAUGGCGGUGGAGGAUCGGGAAAACUAAUCACUGGGUGGGUUCUGAAGCUGUUUGGUUUGUCGACUGAUCGAACGAUCGAUCCGACUUAUAUAAAGCUACCGAAUAUUCGUGUUCCAGUUAAGCUUGAAGACGAGAAAAGCGGCAAAGUAACGCAGUGUUAUAUUGUUGGUGGCUUUCAUGGCAUUUACUCGGUAGAGAAUCGACACAAACCUGUGAUGAGUUUAUCGGUCAUCCAAGAGACGAAACCAUCUGUAUCAAAAGAGGAAUUCAUGGCUAGACUCGAACAUGAGUCGAAUUUUGAAGAGUAG